AUGCCUACCUCUAACGCUUCAAAUACCUCUUCCCCUGUUAAGCGCCCCGGCCUCGGUCGCCGUGCAGUGUCCUCCCAUGCAGUUGUCACGCGCAGCGCCAAUCCUAAUGACCUGUCGGUGUCUCACACGCAGAAAGCACCCCUACAUCAUAAACCUCACCGCACCCAUGUUGUUGGAGCUCACCGUAACCACCACCGCAACCCCUCUACCGGCAAAAACUUCAACAAACUCCAACGUCUCCAAGUAGCAGCUCCCGAGACUGGUGGGCGGCACCAUCAGCGCAAGAAGUCAGCCCCCGCAACCCCGAUCGCGAGUCCAAAGGAAAGCGGGCACGUUCGCUGGGAUCCGGUUGUAAAUGACCAUACAACCGAUCCUUCCAUGAAGCGAAACUUUUCCACUCCUGUGUUGCGACGGAAUCCAUCAGCCGUUGGGAAGAAAGCGUUGGUGACUGAGCGACCGCCCUCCAGCGCGUUAAAGAAAAAGUCGGUCGGCUUUGAGCUGGGGGAUGACGAGACUGACGACGCUGAGUGGGAAGAUACCACACAGUCACCCGAAAGUACGAGGCGCAACUCGGUGGCACCAUCCAAUCCCAGCGCAGACAAUAGUACCGUUCUUGUCGACCACCUUACCUUCGUCAAGCGACCAUACCCCCAAAUGCCUCGAGCGACCAGUCUGCCCGAGUCGAUCACCACCAAGUUUGUCCGAGAGCGUACUGAACUGCAUGAGGAUGAGGUUGCGGAUGAGGAAGCCGAGCAGCACGAUGAGGAAGAAGAAGCCGAGGAGUCCAGUCAGCACACGGAGCAGGGCGACAUAGCAGCCCGGCUGCUAAGUCCUACGCACUCAUCCAAAGCGCCCCCUGCCAUGUCUUCUAUCUCGGCUAUGGUGAAGCCGGAAGCCAAUAGUCUCAAUACCCCGUCGCGUAGUAGCGCAUCUCUCAACCUGGCUGCUGGCCAGGACAACGCUCGGCGCACAUUGUCGUCAACCAGCAUGGCCAGCAUGCCGGGCUCUCAACCCCAAGCUACCUCAUCCUCUAUGGAAGGUGGAGUCUCCAGGUUCAUUUUGGACAACAAGAAUAGCGUUGAGGAAUCUUCUCGCAACGAUUCGGACCCGAAUACUCCCUCGUCGUUCCUCCCACACUACCACCCCGACACACCGCCCUCUCCAACUAGUGCAGCGGCCAAGAUGAUCGCGUCUCCUGCGCGGCCGCGUGGUGCUGACCUGCCUUCUCGCACGCAACAGAAGCUCUGGCUGCAACGUACCGCUACCCUGAAUAACUCACCUCCUGAUAACCAUGGAGUGACCGCAGCAGUUCCGCCGUCUACCAUUGACCCGACAUUUAUCGCCGCUAACCACAGCACGUAUGACGCCGCCAGGGGGCUCAACGGUGACGGCCGAGCUGGCGGUGCAGGACAUGACAGCGAAACCCGUCAUAUCCGCAAGGCGUAUGAGAAGACAUCCCUAGAACUAAUGGUCGUGCGACGUUUCCAGUCUCCCACCGGUCAGAGCUUCGCUCGUCUUCGUCAUAUCGUCCGAGCCAAGAAAGCGGAGCAAGGAUCAGCUCUUAUCAAAGCAGUCCAAUCAGCACCUUCGCUGUCCCUUUUGCAGCAAAGCAAGCAGCCCACUCGUCUUAGCACCAGCCCUACAUCUAAAUCCCAGCCGCGUAAUCCAACCCGCACUGCAUCUGAAGAUCCAGCGACAAAUAACGAACAUCCCAAUACCACAAAUGCUACCAAGGCCAACGACCCAUCCCACCGCAUCUUCUCCACUUCAACCGAAGCUUCACGUGGCCCGAAUGGUGACAACGACGAAGGAUUUGAGCUUAACGACAGCGCCAUGUUGAUCCGCCGGAUGUGGGAGAGCCGAGAGGUCGCCAUCCACGGCUAA